AUGGUAAAGAACUUCCACAUCUUCGGCAAAGGGAUAUCGUUCAGUGUUUCACCCACCAUCCACAGCGCAGGCUUCCAGCACUAUGUUCUUCCCUUUACCUAUACAAUUCACGAGUCCAACAGCAUUGACGAAGCUGUUUUCUGUGACGAGCAAAUCAAGACUGCCCAAUUAAUCGGCGCAGUCAACACUCUCACUGUCAAAGGGAAUGACAGCGAGCAGAAAAUCAUCGACGAUAACGCAUAUUGGUCUGGCCUGUACACCACCACAGAGAAAGUCAAACACGAUUUCAAGUCUGUUUUCGAGAUCAAGGUUGUCCCAGGUCUCCAAGCUCUUCCAAAGAAGCCGGAAGUCGUUAUCGGCACUGUGUCCGCAUAUACGACUACAGAAGAUCAGUUCUCUUUAUUGUUUAGUAAUCGAAGUUUGUGUGUCGAUGUGUCGUACAAGCCAAGGCAGACGCCGCUUUUGACAGCAGCACAGCAGAAUCAAGGGUGGGACACGAUUACGGGUGUGGAGGUACUUCUCGCACAGGCAUUCGACCAGUUUCUACUCUGGACGGGACUUGAGCCGCCGAGGGAGAUUAUGGCGGAGGCAGUUGUGGUGUUUGACGACCGGGUUACUAUGGCUAAAGGUGGUAUGCUUUAG